AUGGAAAAGCAAUACAAUCUCUCAGUUAUUGCAAGUGACCUCAAGAAAACCUUCACUCAUGAUUUAGCAGCUUCCACUCUUCUAAAGUGCACCUAGAGUUGUUUUCUAUCAUUGAAAGAGGAUACUUUGCUCCCAACAGAGGAGAGAUGCCUCAGAAACUGCUUUGUCAAGAGUGCCAACUUCAAUGACUACAUGGAGAAUGAAAUGAGAUAUACUCUUAGAAAUAUGUGA